GGACCUUCAGCUUGAGCAGUCCUACUCUCCUCCUCUUACACUCAGCAUCCAUCUGACACCAUGUGGACCCAGGACAGCGCUCUGCUGCUACUGCUCGCCUGCUGCCUUUGGUCAGCCGAGGCUCAGGGCGACAAGAGACAAAGCAUCUGGGAUGAUCCCAUCAAAUUUAAAACUAAGGCCAAUGACUUGUGCUCCAUGAUCAUCACCGGUAACGGGGAAUACACCAAGCUGAGGGUGUCGUGCCAGAGUAACAAGCGCUCCUACUGGUGUGAAUACGUCGGCAAGCCUCACACCUGCCGCUCCUACAACAGAAACCCUCGUCAUUACUUCGUCCAGAUGACCUGGGGCCUCAGGAAACUCCAGAACGCCUGCCAGGCCCCAAGGCAGAUCAAACCUCACAUGUGCAGGAAGGCAACUGAUGACUCUCAAAUGGUCUUUGCAUCGGCUUCCUUCACCCGGUCACCGCCAGAGGCUUCAUCUAGGACAGGAGCAAGACCUCAACCUCGUCCUGCACCCACAAGGGCAACCAUUCGAGUCCGACCACGAGUGAAAACAACACCGAGAGCCAAUCCACAACCAUCGGCCCCUCCUGUCGAGAGCAAUGCAAAGAGGAUGGCUCAGCAGUACUGCUGGAGGUCACUUCAAGGCAUUUGCUCCUACUUCAUCGGUUUGUUUCGGAACUAACGGGGAAGAUUUACAAUUCUGAUGAAGAUCUGAUUAAAGUGGCCCUUGGGGGGAAUCACAUAACAGCACUUUGUUUAUCAGCAGUAAAAGAACUGCAGCGCUCUCUCCAGGGGAAGAGAUGGUACUGCUGUGACGUCCAAAGCAAGAUUUCAAUGUAAACUUUGCAUGUAUCCUCUUCCAAAUAUCACAGCUUGGAAAAACUCAUCUACCUGUCUAAAUCGUUUUAGAACAAACAAUAUGGUUCACAGAGCAAGCUGUUACACACAUGAAGGAAAUAGCACAAGUACUACUUUACCAUGGGAGAAUGUUUCUGCAUAAAACUUUACAAUACACGGGCCCAGGGCAGGAGGGACAGACAACUCAUUGGUGUCCCUGAUUUGUGUUGUUUACAUGAAUAUAAUCUACUUGCAUCACUUAUUAUUACCUUGAAUAUUACAUUGUUUGGGAAGACCAAGGUUUUUCAUUUAGCGCUGAAAAGGCAGAGAUUUCUGUAUUGUGUAUUUGACAGAAAAAUAUGAUGAAUGUGAAAAUGAUAUUGUUUAAUAAAUAAACAUUAUUCUCAAUUA